UCGUAAAUCGUUAUCCUAUGAAUAUUUAUCCAGGGAGUAAGUUGUCGUAUAGUAAGUGGUAUAGUUAAUUAAGUUAGUAUUCUGUGCAUUCUCUGUGACGAUGGUGUUAGUAUUAGAGUGGUAAAUUGACACUUAAAUAUGGAAUGACUUUAACAUUUGGCCACUACAACUGACGCAACAAAGAAGAAUCUUCUGUUGACUUGUAGCUAACCGUAGAUUCCAUACAUGGGUAAUUGCUGCUGUCCAAAACCUGACACCUCCGUUGGCGAGGAACCGUUCUUGAAAGAGGGGAAUUGUGAAUUGCAGUGGAAAUGCGUUGAUGAAUCAACUAAACAUAAACAAUUGUUUUUAAAAUGAUUAAAUAUGGACAAGAUCCCAAAGUAAGGUUGAACAUAUAAGUGAUGUGCGUGUAAUUUUCUCCGGAGAAUUUUCAUCGGCAAACGAAGUGAUGGAACUCGUUUUUAUCUUGGACUGGGAAAAGAUGACUAUGGAAAAGCAGUGAAACGAAUACUUCGUGAUAUCUGCAUUGGGCUUACACAAGAAGAAAAGAAAAUUUUCAAAGACAUCAACGAAAAAAAAUCGAAUGAUGAUGUGAAUUAUUUUUACUUAGAAGAAGUCAUUUCAUCAGAAUAUGUUUAUUUAAUACUUGACCUGUGUGAAGAAUCGCUGGAGGAUUUUGUGCAAUCGGAAUCAAAUAGUUUGGCUUAUCUUCAAAAAUCGCUUCCCAAAGUUCUCAGACAAAUUUUAAAAGGUUUAGCUCAUCUUCACAGCGACCCAUAUCCUAUUCUCAUCUGGAUUUAAAGCCGUCUAAUGUUUUCCGAGACGCACAGGGCAAAUUUUUAAUAGCUGACUUUGGUAUGAGUCGAAUUUUGAAGAAUGAAUCUAACACAUUAAAAACAUCCAGAACUGAUCCACGGAAGACAAGAGCCAACGAGGAGAAAGUAAAUGUAGAGAAACAUGAAGAAUUCCAAGAAAACAAAUAGGAAAUAGCAAAAACCCAGCAGCAACAACCAGAAGAUUUACCACAAUGACCAGAAAGUAAGCAAUAAUUAAAGCCAAAUGAACUAAUUGAAGAAGCAAAUCAUGACGACAACUUCCAUAAACUUCUAGACAAAAGUAAGAAUAUUAAAGCUGACGUUCACAAGGCUCUCCAAAGGCAAUUUUUCUUUCAUGGGAUAUCGAUUAUGUAUGUUGACCUGUGCAUGUCGGAACAUUACGAAAAAUAGUUUUUAGAGAAUAUAAAGUUAUCGUUUCUUGUUUAAGUUGUUCGUGGCUUUGUGGGAAGUAUGGAAUAGCUCGCCCAAACAAGAAGAUGCCGUUUCCUUAUUUGUAUGUCACAGUUGAUUUUGAGAAAGAAAAUUCGGAGGCUGCUAUCAAAAAUGAGAUCGAUGAAAAGUUAAAAUGGAAAGCAUCGAAAUACAUCGAAUUACGAUCUAAACCAUUGAAAGAAGCAAAGUUUCGAAUGCUGUCUAAAAUUAUAGCGGAAAGAACCGAGGGUAGUUUUGGAACGUUGACAAUGUUCUGCCUUAAGAAUGAUAUGUACUAUGCCUUGACCUGUGCUCAUGCUGGUGUUGUCAAUAAUUUGGAUGACCGUCAACAAGACUUUUGUGGCUGAGUCCAAUUUAUGGAAAUCCAAGAAUAUCUAAAUGCCACAGUUAACGAAGAAAGCAUGGAAUACUUUUACAACGGACAACCGAUUGUCCGUGUUCCGGAUCAAACGAAAGUGGUGUCUAAUAAAGAAGUCGAUAUUAUGUACAUCGUCAUUGGUAGGGAGGAAGAUUUUCAGGAGCUUGCAGUAAAUAAUCAGAUGACUCUCAAUUUAGAUUUGGAUAUGCAGUGCCAUACAGGCCCUCACCACCUGCAUUGCAUGUGAAACAUCCAACUCCAAUGUUCUCAAAAGACAUCUGAAUCGACUACACAUCAAUCCAAAUGCAUUUUCGACAAUUCUUCGUGCUCGUGAAAGUCUACAGUUAAAAACUUUCUCAUCACCUAUUGCAGUGUGGUGUGGAUAUGGUUUCAUUAGAUUUUCAUUCAAAGCAAAUGCCUCAUCUCCAAGCAGAAAGUAAGGGAAUUUCAUUGGUAGACGACCGUCGUCAUGGAUUUACCUGCAAACGUUUGUUCAUAAAUCCCGACACUGGCUAAGUUACAUCAUUUGGCAGGAAGACGUUUUACAACGAAGACAAAUUUAAAAAAAAAAAGUCGAGAGAAAGUAAGUCCACUUCCUAAAGAUACUGAUAUGACAAAUUAAUGAGAAAUUACUUUGAAGAAAAGAAACGUUUAACGACUGUCCAGCAUGAUUUCUGCUAAAAUGUCUCGCGGUAAGUUGACCCUGUUAUGUUGUAAAGAUGAAAAAUAUUACGCGUUGACUUGUUGCCACGUUGGUUUGUCAAUUCAUUUGGAGUGGAAUGAUGACUUUGUUGCGAUUCAAGAUGAAAGUAGUGAAAACAAAGAAAGCAUUCAGCGUUUAUUGCAUAAAAAUAAAUAUACUUUCUCGGAUGAUGACAGCGUGGUUGGUCAUUUUUCUGACUUCUCUUAUGGUCCUGAUAUCGAUAUCAUGUCUAUCACUGUUGGCAAUGAAGAGGAUUUUCAGAAGCUUGUUGGUGAUGAAUUGGAAGAUGUUGAUUCAAACUUUGAUGACGUAUUUAGCAAAAUUCACGAAAGGCUAUGCCAAGAGGAAUCUGUGAUAGUUCGCACAGACACUGGUACUGAGGGCUACUUGUGUGAACUUAUGUAUUCAGUUUUUGUUGAAAAACAUGUGAUUUUGCGUAAUGUUAUCAUAAUAAAAAGUGAUGAGUCAUUUCUUAAGGAUGGUGACGCUGGUGUUCUUGUUUAUUUUUUGGAUGAAAAAAAUAAUUGGCAACCGUUUGCGUAUGGAAUUGCAGAAAUAACUAAUAAUCACGGGACAUAUUAUGCCUGCAUGAGAUUAAACAUCGCCUUAAAAGCACUCGGCCUUCAGGGUGGUCAGUUUUUUAAACCGAAGAACAAUGGUGACCAUCUAUCCGUUAGUGAUAAACACAUCGUCGACGGCACCGCAUUGAACAACACCAACCGUGACGACAAUAGUCGCACUGCCUCUUAUAAAGAGAAAGUUGACGAGAGAACAUAUCACGAACAUGAACAAGCGGCACACAUUUAUUCAAGCCAACUUGAAAUUGCUGAGAAAACGGACAACAAAAUACUCAAACUGAAGUUUCUAGCCCAGAUGCAUAUCAAUGAAUAUCACAAUUUGGUUGGGUUGUCGGAAGAAUGGAAUUGCGUUGACAAAUCAGUGAUGCAUCGCGAAAAGUUUGAAAUGAUGCAAAAACAUUGGCUUGAACAUCCAGGUGAUAUUAGAAUUAAAGGCGAUGUACGUGUGAUUUUCAAGGAAAAGUUCUUGAUUGGCGAAGGAAGUGAUGGAACCGUUUAUCUUGGUUUGGGAAAGGAUGGUUAUGGAAAAGCUGUAAAACGAAUCCUUAAUAAUAGAUGUAUCCAUUCUGCUCUACGAGAAAAGAAUGUUUUGAAUGAGCCAAACGCAAAGGAGUCGAAACAUGUUGUAAAGUAUUGGAACUUCGUAAAAGAGGAAGGAGAAGAUUUUGUCUAUUUGAUAUUAGACUUGUGUGAACAAACUUUGACAAGUUUUGUUGAGUCUACUAGUUUAGAUACACUUCAAGAAACCCUUCCCGAAAUCCUUAGACAAAUUUUAAAUGGAUUAUCUGAUCUUCAUAAUGGUCCAAAUUCUAUUCUUCAUCGGGAUUUAAAGCCUUCUAAUGUUCUUCAAGACGUGAAAGGCAAAUUUAUGAUAGCUGACUUUGGCUUUAGUCGAAUAUUGAAAAGUAAAUCAACACAUCAAAGCAGUCCUGGUACAGGCAGUUAUGGUUGGUCCGCUCCUGAAUGCUUUGGUGAGGGUCGUUACAAGAAAGAGUCUGAUAUAAUGAGUACAGGAAUGGUGGCUUAUUAUGUUGCAACAAAAGGGGAACAUGCUUUUGGAACUGAAGAGAAUAUAUUGAAAAACUUAAUAAAUGGAAACCCUGUUGGCUUAAAAAAAAUCGAUGAUGUUCAACUUAAAGAUCUUCUUUCAUGGAUGCUACAGCAUAAGCCUGAACUCAGGCCAUUAGCCAAUGUGGCGUUAAAACAUCCUUAUCUACAAUCCAAUGAGGAAAAGUUUGACAUGCUGUGUGAUGUUGGAAACCAACCGGAGAUAAAACAACCAAUAUGUCGAAAUUCAGAUGUUCGUAAGCAGUUGGACUGUCCCACAGAAUGGAUGAAUUGUAUCGAUGAUGAAGUUUUGAAAGAUUUAACAACAUAUGAAGUAAACAACAAAAAAAGGACUGUAACCUACGAGUCUUCAUGGGCAAGUUGUUUGAGAUUCAUACGUAACGUUGAUCAGCACUGGCAUGAUAAAUCUCGUUCACGUCUAUCGUCAUAUAUCAAGGAAGGCAACUAUAAAGAGUAUUUCAUGCAACGUUUUCCCGAACUUCCUCUACUGGUGUACAAAAUUAUUAGAUCGACUGACUGGAAAACAAGACCUAAUCUCAAAAAACAUUUUACCUGAAACAUAAAUCCUGUGAAAAUUGAAGGAAGUCAAUGGAAAGGCAAUUGAAGAUAUUAUUGAGAACCGUAAUCUUGAUGGAAAAUGAAGUAUAACCAACUCUUAACUUAUCAUGUGCCACUUUCAAAUUGUUAAUUUGAACAACGACCAAGAAAUUGAUUUAUAAAUUCAUAUCAAGGAUUACUUACAUGUAUAGUCACUAAAGUAUGGAUUAUUAAUAGACUUAAAUUCGAUCAUAUAUGUGUGUAAAGGUCUCAAUAGAUGUAGGACAUGAAUGCAUGAAAAGCAAUUAGGGAAAUGUUGUAUUAAUUAUAGUCGUAGAGCAUCUUAUUAACAAUUUUUUGUUGGUGUUU